AUGGAGAAACAUAUGGAGAAAGUACAUAAGUUAGGAUAUGACAUGGAGAAAGUUAUGGAGUUAGGUAUGGAGAAAGUUAUGGAAAUUGGUUUUGAAAUGGAAUUUUAUGGAUUAUUAUCAGAGAAACAACGUAAAUUAGCAUAUGAAUUAUUAAUACAAUAUGGUAACAAUAUUAAUUUUUCUAAUUUUAAUUCCUCCGUUACGGUGACUGGUCCAACCAACAGUACAGUUGUGACUGGUCCCACAACUACUAACAGUACAGUAGUACCUGGUAGUAGUAUGGAGGAUAGUACUGUACCUAACACCGUUACUGAAGAAAAUACUACUACUACUACUAAGGAUAUUAUUAAGGAUAAUAUUGAAAUGACUAAUGAUACACUUAGUAAUACAUCAACAUCUACUGAUAUCAUUACUGAUAUUACAGACAAUUAUAUUACAGACAACUAUACUACAGAUACUAAUUACACUACAGACAACUAUACCACAGUUCAUAUGAAUGGUACUAUUGAUAUGAAUAAUACUGUUGAUAAUUUAAAUGAUGAAAUGAAAAUUUAUAAUUAUAUUACACAACAAGUUUUUUUAUAUGAUCCACAAUUAUAUAAAUCUUCCGUUACGGUGUCAGGUAUUACGGUGCUUGGUCACACAGACAGUACUACUCAUAGUACUAGUCCAACCAUGAGUAGUACUAAUAAUACUACUAAGGUUAGUACUAAUACUAGUAAUAAUACUACUAAGGUUAGUACUAAUACUAGUAAUAAUACUACUAAGGUUAGUACUAAUACUAGUAAUACUAAUAGUAAUAAGGAUAUUGGUACUGUAGGAGCAAGCACCGUAACUGAGGGAAAGGGAGCUAAUUUUACAGCUAUGGAAUGUACUACUAGCAAUACUACUGAAGAUACUACUAAUAGUACUAAGGUUACUAGUACUACUGGUACUGUUGGACCAAGCACCGUUACGGACACCGUAACGGAAUAUAUCCAAAUGGAUAGUGUAGGAUUUGGUAUGGGUAUGGCAUGUUUACAAGUAACAUUUGGAUGUAUAAAUAUAUCAGAAGCAAGAUAUUUACAUGAUCAAUUAAUACCAUUAGCACCGAUAUUUUUAUCAUUAUCAAGUGCUACCGUAGGAUUUCGUGGAGAAUUAUCAAAUAUUGAUAAUAGAUGGCCAGUGUUAGUACAAGCAAUGGAUGACUUGGAUGAACAUACACGUCCAUAUAUAAUUAAAGGACGUUAUAAUACAACAUCACUUUAUAUACAGAAUUCACAAUUCCUAAUACAGAAUUAUUUAUACUUGAAUGAUAUACAAGUCGCUUCUGAUUCCAUUUCUUAUAUUAAUUUAAUUAAGUCUGGUGUUGAUCCGAUUUUGUCUCGUUAUAUUUCUCAUGAGUUAAUUUAUGAUCCUUUAAUUGUUUAUAAAGAAGAUUUUGAUUCUAUUGAUUGUAAUUAUACUGAUAUGCAUUAUCAAGUUUUUCAUACUACUAAUUGGAAUACUGUACGUUUUAAUCAUCCUUCCAUAACGGUGCUUGCUCCAACGGCCAGUAAUAGUACUAACAACAGUACUGAGGAUAUUAGUAGUACUACUAGUACCAUUGGAGCAAGCACCGUAACUGAGGGAAAGGGAGCUAAUUUUACAGCCAUGGAGUGUACCCCUGGAAAGGGAGCUAAUUCUAUGGGUAUGGAGUGUACUAUGGGAAAGGGAGCUGAUUUUACAGCUAUGGAGUGUACUCUUGGAAAGGGAGCUGAUUUUACAGCUAUGGAGUGUACUAGUACUAAUGGUACUAGUAGUAUUGGUACUGGUUGUAAGGGAGUUAGUGAGGGUAUUGGUGCCGUUGGACCAAGCACCGUAACGGACACCGUAACGGAGAAAAAUUUACCUUGGAGAAUAGAAUUUAGACCAAUGGAUAUACAAAUGACAGAUGAAGAAAAUAUAAUGUUUAUAAGUGUAUUAUCAUAUUUAGUCAAAGUAAUAUUAAAAUUAAAAUUAAAUUUAUAUAUGCCCAUAUCAUUAGUUGAUUUUAAUAUACAAUUGGCUUCUAAUAUCAAAUCAUGUUAUCAACAAUCUUUUUAUUUUCCUAAACAUAUUAAUACAUUUAAUCAAGAAAUAAUAAUGGUAAGAUAUAAUUUAUAUGAAAUAUUAUAUGGUAAGAUUGGAUUAUUUCGUAUUGUAUUGGAAUAUUUAGAAGAAGAAUAUAUAAAUGAAAUAAUAUCAAAUGAAUUUUAUAAUGAAAUGAAAUUAUAUUUACAACAUUUUAAAUUAUUAACACUUGGAAAAUUACCAACAAAUGCUACAAAACAAAGACAAUUCAUUAUAUCACAUCCAUCAUAUCAACAUGAUGGAAUCAUACAUCAUGAUAUCUUAUAUGAUUUAAUUAAUCAAUUUACUUGUCAAUAA